AUGACUCCUGUUGACUCGCCUUUGAGUCUUGAGUGCUGUGCUGUCGACGUGCGUUGGUUCAGCGAAAUGCACGCUGUUUGCCUCGGACGGACGGACGGACCACGGCACCAGAGUCUCCCGCGUCCUCCUCCAAUGACGUCAGCAGUUUAUGGCGGCGCCGAUGCUGACGAUCGUCAACAUGGUCGAUCGAGAAAGAGUAUCAAGAAGAAUACGCAGUGA